AUGGUGGUCGUCCUCGCUCUCGGGCUGGGAAUUGUUUCUGUGAUCAUCAUCUGCUUGCUCUUGACUAUCAUCCUAAACCGAGGCAUUGGUCGCCAACCUAUCCCAACCCAAAAAACACACAUCGAGCGCCUGCGCAAACUCGACGCCGUCUCGCCCACACGCACGCUCGAACAGUGGUGGAUAAACGUCAAGAAGCCGGUGCCACAGGGCGACGACGACAGUCAAUUCGUAUGUGUGGUCUGUCUAGAACCCGUCCUGCAGUGCCAGGAGAUCCGCGAUCUCAAAUGUCUGCACGUCUUUCACAAGGAAUGUCUUGAGCGCUGGUACCUCGGUGAUCACUUCAACUGUCCGCUCUGUCAUCGCGCGUAUUUCACCCAGGAUUCGCAGCCGCGGAACGAGUUUGUCUGGAUGGUUUGA